AUGAAAAGGCGAAUGCAAGCUUUGUAUGAAAAGCGUGAGUUGGAAAUUUGUGGUGAGGAUAAAACAUCUGAGUUGGAUAAAUAUCUAGCUGAGGCUAAUGAGGAAUUUGUUGAAGAUUUUGAUAUUUUAUUGUGGUGGAAAGUGAACAGCCCUAGAUUUCCCACUCUUUCAAAAAUGGCCAGAGAUGUGUUAGCUAUACCGAUUUCUACGGUUGCUUCAGAGUCUGCAUUUAGCACCGGAGGACGUGUGCUUGAUCAAUAUAGGAGUUCUUUAACUCCUAAAAUUGUACAAGCUCUUGUGUGUACUCAAGAUUGGAUUCAAAAAUCAUUAUCACAAGAAGACAUCAAAAAGAUUGAAGAACAAAUCCAAGAUCUUGACAAGAUCAAAAAUGGUUAA